AUGCGAGAGAAAAAACUGUCUUUAGCACCAGAGAAGACUGAAGCAAUUGUUUUUAGCGGGAGGCGGAAGCUAGACCCUAUAAAAUUCCAAAUCGAAGAUGCGACAGUAGCUCCAAAGGAGCAUAUCAAAUAUCUUGGGGUAUGGCUGGACAAAUGCCUCAACUUUAAAAAACACGUUGAGGAGGUAGCCAAAAAAGCGCAAAAGUUAACGGAUGCGUUGCAUAGACUUAUGCCGACAAAGGGAGGUCCCAGAGCAAGCAAAAGAAGAGUUCUGGCAUCAGUGGCUCAUUCCGUUAUCCUUUACGCUGCGCCAAUUUUUGAGGGUGCAAUGAAGAUAGAACUCUACCGGAAAAAACUUGAAGCGGUCCAGAGACGAAUGGCGAUAGGUAUCUGUGGAGCGUAUAGAACAAUCUCCACAGAUGCUGUGCUUGUGAUUGCAGGGCUUAUUCCCAUUGAUAAAAUGGUAAGAGAACGUGCCCAGCUGUACAGGGAUAGAGAAUUUACGCCACUAGAAGUACGGGGCAAUGUCCUUACGGAAUGGGAUAAAGAGUGGUCUGGAGCGGGAAAAGGUGCCUAA